AUGAGCGACUCGCACGCCCUCCGCCGGUUGUUAUAUGCCGGUGCUGAGGAGGGAUCUGUCGCUCCCCGUGGCCACCAUCAUGGCGGGUCAUAUGGCACACUUAUUUCUUCCGUAGCUGUGGAGCAACCGGCCGCUGUGCAGCCCCGCAGCGGACUCCGACUCUCCAGUGCCUGCCUUGCCGGCUGUUUUCUCGGUUGCGCGACGAUGCGGGCGGCAAACCGGGAGCGCUGGUGGCUGGGGCUUUUUUUCAUGGGUGGGUUGUACUACAAUGCUGUGAAAGCGCAUAAGGUGGGUAAUGGAUUGGUGGGUCAUCAAAGCGGGUUUUUCGCAGCUGGGUUGGGUGCAAUAGGAUGCGUUGGUCGAUUGCUUGUGCGAGUGGGGAACCCAAAGGCAAAUAGGCGGCUGUUGUGUAUGUUUGCUGCGUUGAUGUGGUAUGAAGUCGGCCGCUAUCAUUUGUGGUCGGAGCACGCAACAGAGUUUCGGAAGGAGGUUACUCCGGAGCACGCAUAUGGCUUGUUGACAGAGUACGUGCCACCCCAUAUCGACACAGAUUUACUUCCUUAUCGAUCUGUUUCUAGGCGCCGAGACUGA